AUGCGCGUGUUCGUGUUCUCGUGCAGCGGUAGGGAGCUAGCAGAUUUGCCUGCCUCCCCGUCAUGGCAUUUGCAGGACGUGCUUGAGGCACUUCCGAAGGACACUGGAGCUCCACUUUGCGAGAGAAGGCUUUUAUUCGGCGAGCGCGAGUUGUGUGAGAGCUUGACCCUGGCUGACCUCGGAGCUUCUGGCACCGUGGAGCUGACCCUGGUCAUCACGCCACCGCUGCGCGUUGUCUGCGCGGGACGGGACGGCGCUGCGAAAAUAUUCAGUGCAGCUACGGCCGAGUGCUUGUGCGUGCUCAAGAACGACACUCAUGGGAGCGAUGUGCGAUCUGUGAUGUUUUCGACCGACGGCAAGCAAGUCUUCACUGUCUCCCACGACCAUAGCGCGAGGGUGUGGUGCGCUUCUUCAGGCGAGUGCCUGCUGGCGUUAGGCAACUUCAAAGACGACCCAGUGUCGGCGGUUUUUUCGCACGACGGCGAGCAAGUGCUGGUGGCAUCGGACUGUCUAGCCAGAGUUUGGUCAAUUACGUCUGCCACGUGCUUGAGCACUUUGGAGGGCCAUCAGGAUCUUGUGCAGUCUGCAGUCUUCUCACCCGAUGGCUGCCAUGCCCUCACUGCUUCGAGUGAUUGUACCGCUAAGAUAUGGUCGACAGCCUCAGGUGUCUGCUCUCGAACACUGGAUGGCCACCUGGACUACGUGCAGUCUGCGGCAUACUCGUCCAGCGGAGACGCUGUGCUAACAGUGUCUUUCGAUUGUACCGCCAAGAUCUGGUCGGCUUCCUCGGGCAUGUGCUUGCAUACGCUGGAACAUCAGGAGGAUUACGUGAAGCGUGCCGUUUUCUCGCCUGACUGCAAGAUGGUCCUUACGUUCUUCAACAGCACUGCAAAGGGCCUCGUGAGGCCCCACUGUCAGGGCACGCCUCGUGCAGAGCCCGCGGCCCCCCCCACCCUCCGCUCCGCUGCGGCGCUGCAGCAGCGGCGCCGCGGCACGCGGGGCGCGCCUAUGCCCCCGGAGCGGCGCAGGCCGCCCGGCGAGUGCGGCCUCGGCGUGCGCCUCCGGGUGGAGGCCCGGCUGGAGGGCUCCGCCAGCCGCGCCGACUGCCUCGAGCUGCGCGCGGCGGGGUCGCCCGAAGAGUGCUUCGCGCGCCUGGAGUAUGCCACUUUGGCCUGGUUCGGCGCUGCGGUGACUUGCGGGUUCCAAUUGCUUGUGGAGGCCGCGGGCACCAGCGCUGCUCUGCUGACUCCCAGCCAUUUGCGGGACUCCUUCCUGUGGAACCACGGCCACAUCUGCGUCAAGGUCCGACCGGCAAUUCGACUCAGAGGGCGAAGCGUCUUCGAGCACGGCAGGUGGAUCCAUGCGGCGGCCAGCACCAUCCAGCGCAGGUGGCAGCUUUACCGAAGGUGGCGGCAGUGGGUGGAAGCCGAGGACAUCCUGUGCGCCUUCGACCUGGCGGUGUCUAGACAGGGGCUGAGAGUGUGGAACCCCGUGCCGCUUGCACAGGCUGAUACAUCUUCUCCGAGCCUCGUGGCAGAUCCCAAGCUGUUGCGCCUGGCCGUGGUGCUGCUCACGUGCAUGCCUUGUCAGAGCCAGCCAGAGAAACUCUUCUUACAGUGGGCGGAGCAGCGGUCUGUAUUUUUUGUCGUGCAAGCAGCCGCAGAAUUCACUCAGUGCCUCUCCGAGCUGGCGUUUGACCGCUGGCCAGGCUGCCGGAACGUGCUUGGCCUGCUAGUGCGCGAGCUUCUGAAUAAGCUUGGGAGUGCCUUUCCUUUCAUGGUCGAGCCUGCCGUCGAGCAGCACGUGGAGGCCGUUGCCGCGGCGGCGGCCACCGCCGCGAAGCGGCGGCGCGGCUCCUGCUCGUCGGGCGAAGUGCUGCGUCGCUCCUUCGAGACCGGCAUCCAGAGUGCUGUGCUGGCGUGCGUCUUGCAGAUGGCCAGCGAGGCUAUCUGGUCGUCGGCCACCAGCUUCCACGACGAGGAGCUGCUGUGGCGGAUUCGCGACAUGCCGAGCUACCGGCAGGUCCUCGCCACCGUGCAGCAGCUCCAGCCGGGCGCGGACAACGAGCGGCUCCUGCUCCUGAGACCCGCGGGACUUCCGCAUGUGGUGGGGGAGGAGGUGCUGCUGUUGCCGGCUAGGCGGUCAGAGAAUUUGGGUGUGGCACUCCAGGCCAGCUGCCUUUUCUACGGCGUGGACUACGCCAAGCUCUGCCUGGAUGUGGCGGAGGAGCACACUGGCUUCGGCGAACACGCGCUGCCUGUCGAGACCAUCGUGGGGAGCAUCCCAGCGGAGGGGACUUUCUUGACGCUCUGGGUGCAGUACGAGAGCCCAGAGCCAGGGUCUUUUGAGCGCGCGCUGCAAGACAUCGUCAACGCAGUCGGCUCGCGGUUCUCACUCGACAGACAGCACUGCAUCUGUAAGCUCGAGGCGAGGUGGUCAUCCCCAGAGGUGACCCCAGAGGUGCCAGAGAUGCCGCUCGGGUUGGGCGACACGCUUGUCCUGCCGGAGGUGUACUCGGGGGAGACGCAAUAUUUCCACUUUUACGAUUCUGUGGAGCGCAGGAUGACCACUGUGCGUUGCCCGCUGGCGUCCAUCGUCAAGGCGCUCAGAGAGGAAUGCGCCUUGGUCCACGGGGAGCCAUUGGCCCAGGUGCCCUUUGCUCACCUGGCGAAGCAUGUGGCUCGGCCGACGUCGCUGCUGGGGUCGAUGCGGGGGCUCCAGAGGCGGCUGGAUCACUGGCUGCAGGCGCCGUUUUCGGGUGCCGACGUGGAGCCAAAGAACCUGGACUACCGCAACUGCAGCGCGUGGCUCACGCCAGGCUUCCUUCCAGCUCAGGUGGCGAAGGCCACGAGGGGCCUCGCGCAGGUGGCCCCGGGCAUCGUGGGCCGAGGCCUGCGCGGGGGCGCGCCCGGCGACGCCGCGCGCGCCGGCAGAGCGGGCCGCCUCAGGGACGGUGCCGCCGCGGGGGCUGCUGCCGACGCCGAGGAGGAGCAGCAACGCCAGAAGGGGUUCCGCGACUUCUUCCGCUGCGAUGUGAAGGGCCGCCUCGAGAAGAACGGCGGGCCCCGCGUGUACCACGACUUCUUCUCCUCCGAGAAGAAGGGCCAGGAGAAGAGGCCGGUGGCGGCGAAGGCAGCCAGCGGAACCUCGGCGUCGAAGCUCGCCAAGCGGCCAGAGUCCGUGGUGCCAGUGAUGGCUGCCGCCGCGGCGUCUAGCGCCCCCUUGGUGCUCUUCCAGCCCCUGACGAAGUGGUCCCUCGUCGAGGUGCAGAAGCUGUCCGCGCACCAGGCCGUGCUGCCGUCGCAGUGGGGCGUCUCGCUGCCCCACGGGGCCACGCUGGCCUCGGGGGCGCUGGCCGGCGCGACCCUGGGCGGCAUGCUGGCGCCUCGGCCUCUAUAGCAGACCUGGG